AUAAAUAAAAGGUUUAUUUGUACAGAAAUGUAUUGUACAUAGAAUUAUUAACAUAUAAAACCAGACCUUAUGUUGAAAGGAAAAAAAAUGAAGAGACAGAGCCACAGUGCACCGCUUUCGAAAGCCAGAACACUGAGCAGAAGUCGUCAUUAGACAUUGUGCAACCUAUUGAAAAGCAGCUGGUAGAUGACAGCAAGAAUCACACUACACAUAAUUAAAUCCCUAAACCCAGUAAAGUUUGAGUGCUCUGAAUCUUGUACCGUGUUUUUACUGACUAGAUGGCAGGUGGGAAAAGAGUCUAUUACUGCAGUGGAAAAAGUCUUCAAUAAUGCUAAUAAUAGAAUGCAGUGAUGGUAGCGUGACCACAGUGACCUUUUUUUGAUGUUAACACUAUUCAAUGUAUGGUUUUGUGUCUAAAACUGCACAGCUCCCAAACCAGUGAGACAACUGGUCAAAUGCUUUCUCUUGUACCCCUGAUGUGGUAAGCAUGCAAGAAUGGACAUUAGCUCUCUUUAACCCCACAGGAAGUAGAGGCACUGCUGGUCUUAUUGACAUGUAUUUACUAUGUGUACCUAAUAAAAUUUUUCCCAUUUCACCAUGUGGUGGAUUUCCUAAAAUGCCAUAUAAACAUAUGCACUGCUCAACAAUAAACCAAAUGUUAUUGUUGAAGGCAUUUGCUUAGAAACUGAAAGUACAUUUUUUUUAAUAGGAAUACAAGUUCAUACAAGUAUUAUAGACUUGCCAACGUCCUCAACUUCCAAAAUGAAGAAUGUAAUUUGAUCUCAGCCCUUUAUCUGAACAUGCUAGACAACAAUAAACCCGCCUUCUUCUGCAGGUUUUCUGCUGAAUGAAACUUACUGCAGCUCAGUGUGCACUGGUUAACCUUUAAGUAAAAUAUUUCUUGACAUAGGUUUCAUUACUCUUCUCUAUUCAUCCCGAGUUUGUCAUAAAAUGGUGUCAUAUAAAGUUUGCUUUCUCUGGACCCUACUGUCUCUCCAUGUCUCAACCCAUGGCUGGAAUCUAUUUGACAUUCAGACAAAAGAAUCACCCCAAGAAGGUGGAUUGCGGUUGGUGGGGGGUGACCUGCGUAGUAAUGGUCGUGUAGAGGUGUACCACAAUGGCCAAUGGGGGACAGUCUGUGAUGAUGAUUGGGACCUGACUGAGGCCCAAGUUGUUUGCCAGCAGCUUGGUUUCCCUGGUGCCAUCUCAGCCAUAGCAGGAGGAAAAUAUGGAGAAGGUUCUGGUCCUAUUUGGCUUGAUGAUAUGAAAUGCAAGGGGUCCGAAAGCUUUUUGUCCAGCUGUCAAUUUAAAGGCUGGGGUGUUACAGACUGUUCUCACAAAGAGGAUGCAGGGGUGGUUUGUGAAAGUGCUAAAGAUAUGGACAACGGCCAUAAGUUCCAAUUGGACCACAGCCUGGGCCUUUCUGAAGAGCUUGGGAGACUUUUUGAUAGCAGGGACAACUGUGAUCUCAGCGUUCAAGUUCGUGACCCCAGUGAAGCCCCAGCUGUACGGGAGACAAUUUGUGCCCAUAGGCUUAUUUUCUAUCUCUACCCUCAAUUUAAUAUUUCUAAAAGCUCCAACGAACUUACACUUGAAAUUAGCCAAACCUGCCAUCCUCAUAUCUCCAGUUUCUUGAGGUAUCUGUACACACGCAAGGUUGACGUCACCAUCUCUUCAGCCCAGUGUCUACACCAGCUUUCCUUUAUCUAUGAGCUGCAGCAACUACUAGAGGAGAUAGGCAAAAUCUUUACCUUGCUUCUUCCUCAAGACAGUACUUUCCAUACCCAUGUGUCCCUGUUUGAGUAUGGUCUCCAUACAAACGAUAUACUGCUUCUAGAAAAUGUUCUCCAGUACCUCUCCUGGAACUUUCAAUUUUUUGUUGACUCUCCAGCAUGGAAAACUGUCCCCAUGCAUCUGUUGAAGGAACUUAUGUUUCGUUCAGACUUAGUAGUGGAGGAUGAGUUUUCUGUGCUUCAAGCCAUACAAGAGCUUCUAGCAGAGAAAGGAGAGGCAGUUAGUUUAGAAGACAAGGUCAGUCUACUGAGUCAAAUUCGCUUCCCUAUGAUUCCUGUCGAAAAACUUUAUGAUAUUCAGUUUAACUCAGGCAUGUACAAAAGCAAUGAAGAAUUUUACCGCAGUGCUUUGCUGAAGGGAUUUCAAUUCAAUACAUUGAAUUUCUCAAAGUUCAAAGAGCAUUUUCAUUAUAAUGAAGAAUUUCUGCCCAGGAUCUACAUUGCUGAGCCAUGGAGCAUUGUAGUCAAUGCCACUUUUGAUAGUGGUUCUCGUCUAAACAGACAAUACAAUAUGCGUUAUAACUAUUAUAGUCAAAGCUAUAAUUCUCGCUCAUUUACCACCCCUGUCCAUAACAGUGUGAUUUACCAGGGCAAAACAAUCAGUUGGCAAGCGCAGAUUCUUCAAAACAGUUGGGAAUGCUCUAACCAAGGUUUUGUAUGUGACUCUUUGCCACUUGCCAGACUCUAUAUCACAUACAGCCUGAAUACAUAUGCAAGCACUAUUCGCUUCAACAACAAGCUGAUUCUCUCAUGCAAGGAUGAAAAUAUUGUGUUUCAUGUCCAAGAUUUCAAAAAUGACAAAGCGCAAAUUCCAACCAACACCAGUAUUGGUCUGGCCCAUCCCUGCCCUGAUGAGUAUCGCUAUACUUUUGUUGUGAUUCCUGAGUAUUUCUGAUCACAUUUUCCUGCACACUAAUGAGUCGAUGCUUGUAUUUCUUUUUUUUAUAAUCUUCUUUCAAAUGACUGACAUUGAUUUCUUUCAGUAUUUCUGUAAACAUUUCUCAGCUGUGAAAUAAUAAACAUGAUCAAAUUGA